AUUUCAACCCUAAAGAAGAAGGAGCCAAGCGGAAGCAGAAGUGACGACUGAGAAUUGAGAUGGCGGCCGGCUGAAGUCGCACACUUUCUUGCUGUAUUCGCAGCCAAAGCCGAAGUGGAGUUCGGCGGACAGACAUGCGGCGGGGAUGCCUCGCGUGAACCGGACGGCGCUACUGUGGCUGCUCGUCGCGGGCAGCCUCGUCUUUCUACUCUUUCAACUCCGCCAUUACCGGACCUACGUCAGCGAGGCUGGCUCGCGCAUCCUGAGACGUACGCCGGGUCAGGUGACCGCCAGCGACCUGCAGUGGCAAAGCGUGAAGACCUUCCUGCGUCUGUCCCGGCGUUUCCGCCUGCCGCUGUUUCUGGCCGACCCGGCCUCGCUCGGGCUGCUGGCGCGGGGCGCCUCGCCGGAGCGCGAGGCUCACUGCGGCUUCUUGUGCGGCGGGCCGGGGGCGGCGUCCUUUGGCCUGCUGGCCAACGCGUGGACCUACAACGUGAGUGGCGCCGACGCGCCCGCCACCUCCGUCGCCCCGACUCGCCCCUUCUCUUGUGGGCAGGCUGCCUUCCUGUCGGCCGCCCAGGAGAAAGGCUUUGAGCUGCUGGAGGUGCGAGGCCCAGACCCCCGAUUGGCCAGCUUGGACUUCUUGUCAGGCGAGGACAUCCCCCUGCAUCUCCUGCUCCGCCGGCAUGGCUCGGUCAUCCAGGUGCUCUUUCUGUACGAGCGCAGCGGCAAGUAUUUGUGGCACGGGCCGCUGCGCCUCCAUGCCAACGCGGACCGUGGCUUUGCGCCCUUCUCGCAGAUGGCCUUUGGACGCCACGCCGGGGCCUAUGACAGGCCGCAGCUGGUACUGACGGCGGUGGACGGUCUGGACAUCGCCGUCCCUCGCAACAUCUCCGGCUUCCUGGCUCAGCAUCGUCGCGCUCGCUUCCUGGAGUGCCCGUACCGGGAUGCGCGACGCUUCCUGCGGCUCUACCCCGACGACCCGUCUCCUGAGGCGCUGGAUUUUCGCAGCAAAGCUAAGUCUCUGCUCGGAGUGGCGGCCAAAACCCUUGGGCGGCUGCGCAUCCCCUUCUGGAUCAGCAGCGGAACCUGCUUAGGCUGGUUCAGGCAGUGCGGCUUCAUCACGUACAGCCGCGACGUGGACAUGGGGAUUUUCAUCAGCGACUUCCGCCCUGACAUGGUCGCUGCCUUCCUGGAUGCCGGACUGUCACUCAAACACAAGUUUGGCAAGGUGGAGGACAGCCUGGAAUUGUCCUUUGUGAAGGACGGCGUGAAGCUGGACAUCUUCUUCUUCUACCAGGACGGUGACCUGAUCUGGAACGGCGGCACGCAGGCCAAGAGCGGCAGAAAAUUCAAGUAUGUGUUCCCUCGCUUCUCGCUGUGCUGGGCCGAGCUGGCGGAGGUCCGAGUGGGAGUCCCUUGCGAGACGCUGGACUACGUGAUGGCCAAUUAUGGCCCGGCGUGGCGCGUCCCGCAGAGGAUGUGGGACUGGAAGUCGUCACCUAGCAACGUCCAAGAAAAUGGGCUGUGGCCUCUGGCACAGUGGGAGGAGCUUAUUCAAGUGUAUUGACACUGGAAAUAAAUUGAAAACACAUACUUUUCUCCCCCCCAUCAUUUUGAAUAAAAUCUGUCCAUUUUCAAACGAAA